AUGGACUAUACUAUAAGUUAUGCGUGUAACCGAAAAAAUAUUAUGAAAUGUACUCGUUAUGGAAUAAUUCUUCCAUUUUCUCGUUUCGUAACAUUUUACAAGAUAAAUUUGAAUGAGAGAUCAGUUUUACUCAGAUUUUGUAAGAAAGCAUACUAUUCGGUAAAUAUGAGUUACCUUGAAAGCGCCAAGAAAGCAGCGGCUUACAAUGCGGUUGACGAGCACGUGAAGGAUAAUACAGUCAUUGGCAUUGGUAGUGGUUCAACAAUUGUUUAUGCCGUCCAGAGGUUAGAUACCCUCGGCUUUCUUCAUGAAUAAUCAUAAGUAGAGUGCUUCCUUGUGGUUAUUCCAGUUCGACCAAUCGUCCGACAACAAAUCAAAGUUUUUGAGUAAGUGUGCGGUUCGUCUGCCAUCACCAUGGCUACAAGUAAGAUAUCGUCGUCCCCCAAUGAACUAUUGUUUUUGAAAUUUGAUAUCGACGACCUGAAAGGUCCAAAUCUACCAACGAAUGGUGACAUGCUUCGCUAUUACUUUCAUUGUCGUCGAAAUCAGCCAACGGACACACCUCGCGCCAUUGCCCGCAUGGUAGUGGAUAAGUGUAUAAAAAUCUGGAGUGACAACGGAAUCCCCACGACUCAAGACAGCAAUGGUGUAAAAUAUUUGCUAAAAAUGCUGGAUAAGUUCAACGCUAUGCGAUACAAGUAUGCAGGAUUCAAUGUGAUCCAUCGACGACAGACAAUGUCUAUUUGGGAAGAGAAGUUUGCAUUGAUAUUCUCCAUUGCCACUAAGGAUGCAGUGAACAAAUGCAGUGCGAAGAGUCGUAAGAUGUUGUUGGCUGCGAAAGAGCAAAAAAAAGAGUUUCGUAAGAAUACGUCCAAUCACAAGCUGAUGGUUGACUUUCAGAAACAAGAGAAGAUGCGCAAUAUUGGAUCCAAAUCGUGUAAGCAACCACGAGCCGAGGACGUCGAUGACAACAAGUCGAUGAAGAAAUCGAGGAGUCAACAGAAGCGGAAACAACGUGUUAACCGACCAGGUCCAAAGUCAUCGAAGAAACGAAGAAGCCACGAUACAAGUGUUAGGAAGUCGACGGCAGCCUCUGUUGUGGCAAUCUUAACCAACCCCGAUACACUAAACAAUAACGAAGUUGUCAAAUUGACGCCAACGCUACAACCUGAAAGCACCGUGAUCCGGAAGUCAUCGAAUCAUGAGAUACAGAGUACGGAUAGAGUUCUCUAUAGAGGUCUUGAUAUUGAUCCUGAAGAAGAAGAUAUCAUACCUCCAAUGGUACAGAGAACUAUCAUCAAAGAAGAAAUUGACAUGGACUGGGAUCAGUCAGAUAAUUGGUCUACUUCAGUGCUAUUUCAUGAUGAUUCCUUCAUGAAAGAUAAGGAAAAUAACGACCCAUCUGCCCAACUGCUAAAUUUUUCUCAUGUGGCAUACCAAUGGUAAGAUAUUUUACACUUAUGUCGAUCUGCAGAUUUUUAAUUUUAAUGGAUUUGUACUUAUAGAAUAAUUGUCAUAGACAACUUAUUUUAAUAUUUUUGAUAUUCAAGUACUUGAAAUUAAUACGAAUCCCACCAAUAAUAUAUAAAUUUUUCAUUUAUAUUUGUAUAAUUGUAUUUGUAAAGUUAACAAUUGCCUCUUUGAUUUGAUGAAUUCUGAUGAAUAAUUUAUACAUACAAGAUUGUAAUAGUAGAAACAUGAA